GACCCAAAGCGUAGGACAACGACAUCUUGAGGCAGCACCAUCAACGACAGGUUGCCCAUCAUGUCUCUCGUGUCGGGCGAGAAGUCGAACUUCCAGUUCAUCUUGCGUCUGCUCAACACCAACGUCGACGGCAAGCAGAAGGUCGUCUACGCCCUUACCAAGAUCAAGGGUGUCGGUCGCCGUUACUCCAACCUCGUCUGCAAGAAGGCCGAUGUCGACCUGAACAAGCGUGCCGGAGAGCUCACCUCUGAGGAGCUCGAGCGUAUCGUCACCAUCAUCCAGAACCCUACUCAGUACAAGAUUCCUACCUGGUUCCUCAACCGACAGCGUGAUAUUGUCGAUGGCAAGGACUACCAGGUCCUCGCCAACGGUGUCGACUCCAAGCUCCGUGAUGACCUCGAGCGCCUGAAGAAGAUUCGUGCUCACCGUGGUCUCCGACACUACUGGGGCCUGCGUGUCCGUGGUCAGCACACCAAGACCACUGGUCGUCGCGGCCGGACUGUCGGUGUCUCCAAGAAGAAGGGUGGUUAAGAUAUACAAUGGUCACUUUUGGCGUCCCGGUCGGUUGUGGGAUGGGGGUCUUUGGAGGGAUACUACAAAUGGUUUCCCUACAGCAUUGCUGCUACAUGGUGCGGCAUGCUUAUGGCUCUGCCUCGGAUUAGUUCUUCUCGAGAAUGACUUGGGAAAAAAAGGCAUUGUGGUCGCUGGCACUGAGCUGGUGAACUAGAAGAAACCGGUAUCCCUCCGAAAGCAAAAUGAUUCGUGGAAUUAAAAACAGCAUUUGAACGCAGUUGGAUCCGUGUUGCCGAUCGUAUGAAGAAACACAACUGGACAUGUG